CCCUCAAACAACAAACAACCAUCCAGAAUGCUCCGAUACUUGCGAAUUCCUCAGGCUGAUCCUAACCCCAUUCCUCUGGCUGGUUCACCAUGGCCUAUUAUUCUCAUUUUGAUGGCUUAUCUGCUGUUUGUCUUGAAGCUGGGCAAGGUCUUUAUGAGGAAUCGGAAACCUUAUGAUUUGAGAACUGUCUUGAGGGUCUAUAAUAUAUUUCAGGUUCUCUACAAUGGCGUAUACUUUGGAAUGGUCUUCUACUACGUUUUCCUCAAGGCCGUUUGCAACAUACACUGCAUUGAGAGUUUUCCUCAAGACCAUGAAUACAAACAGCCAGAACGACUGUUGCAUACCGCUUACCUUUUGAACAAGGUGCUCGACCUGAUGGAUACUGUGUUUUUUGUGCUAAGAAAGAGCUAUAAGCAAAUCACGUUCCUGCAUAUAUAUCACCACGUGUUCAUGUCGCUCGGAAGUUACCUUCUCACCAGAUAUUAUGGAACUGGAGGUCACUUUAUUGCCGUUGGAUUACUUAACUCCCUGGUGCACACCAUCAUGUAUUUCUACUACUUUAUAUCUGCGGAAUAUCCCCAACUAAGGCACAACAUCUGGUGGAAGAAGUACCUAACCCUGACACAGAUCAGCCAGUUUUUCGUUCUGAUGAGUUACGCCUUUUACGUGCGUUUCCUCUCACCGAACUGCGGGGUUCCCCAUGGCAUCCUCCAUCUGAAUAUGCUGCAAGGUGCGGGCUUUAUCUAUAUGUUUGGAAAGUUCUAUGUCCGGAAUUAUCUGAGUCCAGCGAAGGCAAAGCCCUCGUAGACUUCAUAUAGAAUUUACCCUGUCCCUUGGACCCAUCGAACAGAUAUGCAUAUUUGCAUUCAAUUAGUCCAUUUAUGCACUUGUGUAAGCCAGCACUCACUCCUCGCCGAAGCUAUAUCUUUACUUAAUCAGAUAAUAAAGUGGUAUUGUCUUGAA